GGAAGUAUGACCCCCCUCCCCAAAGACCCGGACGUUGUUGUGGUGUGCAUCAGUUGAAUGGACGCAAAUAGUGGAUUUGGGACUUAUUUUCAGAUUAAAUUUUUGUUUUGAAGGUCCAGACAGCUGCUGGGUCAGCAGGCCUUCAUGGCUCACAUCACCAUCAACCAGUACCUGCAGCAGGUUUACGAGGCCAUCGACAACCGCGAGGGCUCCUUCUGUGCUGAGCUGCUGUCCUUCAAACACCCGCAUGUUGCCAACCCCCGUCUCCAGCUGGCGAGUCCAGAGGAUAAGUGUCAGCAGGUUCUGGAGCCGCCGUACGAUGAGAUGGUCGCAGCUCACCUCAGGUGUACCUACGCUGUAGCCAACCAUGACUUUGUUGAAGCCUACAAGUUCCAGACGCUCGUUGUUCAGUCCUUCUUGAAGGCCUUUCAGUCCCACAAAGAGGAGAACUGGGCUCUGCCAGUGAUGUUUGCUGUCACUCUGGACCUCCGGAUAUUCGCCAACAACGCGGAGCAGCAGCUACAGAAGAAGGGUAAAGGUCAGCCUAGCGAGAUGUUGGAGAAAGCAGCAGAGCAGCUGAUGAGCUGCUUCAGAGUUUGUGCCAGUGACAAUCGUGCAGGUAUUGAGGACUCAAAGAAGUGGGGGAUGAUGUUUCUGAGCAACCAGCUCUUCAAGAUUUAUUUCAAGAUCAAUAAGCUGCACCUGUGCAAACCUCUGAUUAGAGCCAUUGAUAGUUCCAACCUGAAGAAUGACUACAGUCCAGCUCAGAAGGUCACCUACAAAUACUACGUGGGCCGCAAAGCCAUGUUCGACAGUGACUUCAAACUGGCCGAGGAGUUCUUGUCAUACGCCUUUGAUCACUGUCAUCGAUCCAGCCAGAAGAACAAGAGGAUGAUCCUCAUUUACCUGCUGCCUGUCAAGAUGUUGCUGGGUCACAUGCCAACUCAUCAACUCCUUAGGAAGUACGACCUCAUGCAGUUUUCUGAUGUUACCAAAGCUGUGAGUGAAGGGAACUUACUGUUGCUGAAUGAGGCUUUGUCCAAACACGAGACCUUCUUCAUCCGCUGCGGGAUCUUCCUCAUCCUGGAGAAGCUGAAGAUCAUCACCUACAGGAACCUCUUCAAGAAAGUGUAUCUGCUGCUGAGGACUCACCAGCUGCCUCUGGAGGCCUUCCUGGUGGCUCUGAGGAUGAUGAAGGUGGAGGAUGUCGACAUCGACGAGGUGCAAUGUAUCCUGGCCAACCUCAUUUACAUGGGUCACAUCAAAGGCUACAUCUCCCACCAGCACCAGAAGCUCGUGGUCAGCAAACAGAAUCCCUUCCCUCCUCUGUCCUCUGUCUCAUAGUCUAUGAGACAAUUCUACAGGGCUGCUUUCCUGGAAACCUUUUUCACUCAAUUCAUAUUUCCUUUAUUUUUUACUUUAAAGACAUGUCGAAUAAAACAGAUGUUGGUUUGUAGA